AUGCGUUUCAGUAUUCUUCCCGCCGUGGCCUUGGCCCUCUACAAUGGUCUGGUGACAGCAAACCCUUUCGCAAAUAGAGAUAUCGAGUCUCGACAAACUUCUGGCCUUGACGCCGCCAUGAAGGCUGCUGGCAAGAAGUACUUUGGCACAGCACUGACAGUCCGCAAUGACGGUGGAGAGACCAACGUCCUCAACACCAAAGGGGAAUUUGGAUCUAUUACCCCUGAGAACGCCAUGAAGUGGGAGGCUAUCCAGCCCAAUCGUGGCCAGUUCAACUGGGCUUCGGCCGACCAGCAUGCCAAUGCCGCCACGCAGCGAGGUAUGGAGCUUCGAUGCCACACUCUCGUUUGGCACAGCCAGUUACCCUCUUGGGUGGCUAAUGGCAACUGGAACAACCAGACCUUGCAGCAGGUCAUGAAGGACCACAUCAAUGCUGUCAUGGGUCGAUACAAGGGGAAGUGUACUCACUGGGACGUCGUCAAUGAAGCUCUCAAUGAGGAUGGAACUUACCGCGACAGUGUCUUCUACCGCGUCAUCGGCGAGGCAUUUAUUCCCAUUGCUUUCCGCAUGGCUCUUGCUGCAGACCCUACCACCAAACUCUACUACAACGACUACAACCUCGAGUAUGGUGGUGCCAAGACUGCAGGAGCUAUCCGUAUCACCAAACUUAUCCAGUCCUACGGCCUUCGCAUCGACGGUGUUGGUCUGCAGGCUCACAUGACCAGCGAGAGCACGCCUACUCAAAACACACCUACUCCUUCCCGAGCAAACUUGGCUUCAGUUCUCAACAGCUUCACCAAGCUCAACGUCGACGUUGCCUACACCGAACUUGACAUUCGCAUGAACACCCCCGCCAACCAGCAGAAGCUCCAGGCCAAUGCUGCGGCCUACGCCAGAAUGGUGGGGUCUUGUAUGGAUGUCAAGCGAUGCGUUGGUGUUACUGUCUGGGGAAUUUCGGACAAGUAUUCCUGGGUUCCUGGCACAUUCCCUGGGGAGGGCUCUGCUCUCCUUUGGGAUGAUAACUUUAACAAGAAGCCAUCUUACACCUCAUCCCUGAACACUAUUCGUGGGCAAUAG